CAUCCUUCCCCGACCUGGAAGAGUACGCUUGAUGGGGACGAAGCUUACCUGGGUGGAGAGAGAGAGAGAGAGAGAGAGAGAGAGAGAGGGUGCGCAGGAUAAAGAGUGGGGGAAGUGAGUCACCAUUUUGUCCCACAAACCCAAACUCCCACUUUUUUUAAUUACUUGGGAUUGGAUUUCUGAUUAGGAGGAAGAAGAAGAAGCAGAGAAAAAUGGAGGAUCUGCCGCCUGGUUACCGUCCCAACGUUGGCGUUUGCCUCAUUAACUCCGAUAAUCUGGUUUUCGUUGGAUCAAGAUUGAAUGUUCCGGGUGCAUGGCAGAUGCCUCAGGGGGGCAUUGAAGAUGGCGAAGAACCAAAAACUGCAGCUAUUAGGGAACUACGAGAAGAAACCGGGAUAGAGUCUGCUGAAAUCAUUGCUGAGGUUCCGAAUUGGUUGACAUAUGAUUUUCCACCUGCCGUGAAGACCAAAGUUAAUCGUCUAUGGGGAGGUGAAUGGCAUGGGCAAGCACAAAAAUGGUUUCUUAUGAGAUUCACAAAAAAUGAGAGCGAGAUCAACUUAGCUAAUGGAGCAGCUGAUCCGGAAUUUGCAGAGUGGAAAUGGGCUAGCCCUGAAGAAGUCAUCGAGCAGGCAGUCGACUACAAGAGGCCAGCAUACGAGGAAGUUAUGAAGACGUUCGAGUCCUACUUCGAUGGAAGUAGUUUAUCUGCGAAAUGUAGAUCGUCAAAAUGGUGAACGUUCUUAACUCCUUUUACAUCGUUGGAUGUGGAUCAAGUAGGGCUCGUGCUUUUUGUAAAUGAUAACGAGAGAACUUUGAAAUUAGAUUGUGUUUCGGUUGUUUCUGUAACUAUAUAUCAAUAAAAAUGUAUGCGGAUGUACUUGUUGCUUCA